AUGGAUGAAUGGAGUUUGAAGAAGCGGCAAGAGGAUAAGAUAUGCGCACUGGGGUUAAAUAGUCCUGGUGCGCAGAAAAUCAAAGCCAUCAACAGCAGAAGGGCUGAGCUUCUGCGUGAGCAGAAGGCCCUGGCAAAAGGACUGAGGCGCUCGGUGGGCGAGGAUAUUGUCGUCCAGCGCAGCAACGUGAAAGCCCAGCAGGUGGCUGUCAAGAAGUCUCGCCAGAUGUUUGGAUCCAUGGAAUCCCAUAGAAAGCCUGUCCCCAGUGAAGACGCUCCAGAAGGGCUAGCUCACACCCUCCAGACUGUUCUGCGGGUGUCUCAAGAGCUGGAGUCUUUGCAGAACGAGGUUCAGCAGCUGGAGAAGGCUGAGAAAGCAGAACAGCUCAAGGGAACGCAGGUGAGGGUCAACACCUUGACUGAUUGGUUCGGAAGGUAUGGUGAACCGAAACGCCAGUCGCAGCCUGUGGAAAUGGCACGCUCUUGCCUUAUGAAGCCUCGAAGACUCCCCUUUUUGGGUACGUCAAACGCCGUGACUCUUCGAAAGGGGCAUCUCAUCAAGUGA